AUCGCCAAAAAACGAAAGUAAUGGAGGUUCCAAUAGGGUUCCUGGAGAAACUGUGGAGUUUCGUCUCUUUCCUUCCCUUCUUCUUCCUCUUGCUGCUUCUCGGCCUCGCCAAGGCUCUGAUUGUUGGUCCGAUCUCAUCUGCUAUAAUUCUGAUUGGCAAUUCAUCAGUGAUCAUUGGUCUUUGGCCAGCACAUUUCGUUUGGACCUACUACUGUUUAGCAAGAACCAAGAGAAUCGGAGUGGUUUUGAAGACCGUGGCAUUAAUAUUGUUUCCAGUGCCUUUGCUCCUCUGGCCUGUUGCUGGUAUAGCAGGAAGUCUCUUAGGUGGAAUCGCUUACGGGUUUUUCACGCCCCUUAUGGCUACAUUCGAGGCUGUAGGAGAGUCUGUUACUAGCAAAUGCUACCAUUGCUUUGUUGAUGGUUCAUUCUCCACUAUUAAAGGUAGUUGUACUGCGGUUACGGACUUCACGGAUUUUUGCUUCCAUUCUUACUUCUCCUAUAUGGAUGAGUUAAGAGAAAUGGUUUCCGCCGAUGCUAAACCGUUAGAGAUAAGGUUGUCUCGGGUACCAAGUUGUCUUCUUGCUAGUCUCAUUGGUGUGGUUGUAGAUGUCGUUCUGAUAACAGCUGUUGCUCUUUACAAAAGUCCGUAUAUGUUACUCAAAGGAUGGAAGAGACUAUUAGAAGACCUUGUUGGAAGAGAAGGCCCAUUCUUGGAGACUGUAUGUGUUCCAUUUGCAGGUCUUGCUAUAUUGCUAUGGCCACUAGCUGUCGUGGGAGCUGUAAUAGCUUCGGUUUUCUCCAGUUUCUUUCUAGGAAUGUACAGUGGAGUCGUCGUUCAUCAGGAGGACUCAUUCAGAAUGGGACUUAACUAUAUAAUUGCUGCGGUCUCACUGUUUGACGAAUACGUAAAUGAUUUACUCUAUAUAAGAGAAGGAACUUGCCUGCUAAGCCAGGCCUUGCUAUAGGACGAAUACAGACGCUGUUCAUGUGAAGAGAAUAUUAGGAGAGAAGACAAACGUUGAUCUCAAGAGCAGAAGAAGCAGUUCCUUGGGUUCAAGGCUAUAUUCUCUCGUAUUUACGUAAAAAUGUCAUGAAUGGGUUCCCACAUGCUGAUUCAGACAAUUUCUUUUAAGAAACUGAGGCUUUUAGAGCAAAGUUUCCGAUUACCCUUUACGUGAUUAUGUUGGAGAAUGAUAUCACUGAGGCAAGUGCUGUUGUUUUCAUGGAAGGCUGCAGGGAAUGGUAGCAUCAAUGUCAAGAAUACCGACAUUUCGGCGCAGAUUCAUGAACUUGGUCAAAGUGUUGUACAUAGAAGCUCUUGAAAUGGGCGCGUCGGGUAACCGAGCGGGUGGGAUCCUCAAACCCGAGAGCGACCAAACGCGAAAGCUGGAUCGUACUGAACCAACGGAUGUCGAUGUUGUAUAAAUAGCUAACGGAUCUCAUAUUUUUCUUUUGUUUUUUCCCUUCAAUAAGUUUUAGUAUUUUCUGU